AUGAAUGAUGCCCUUGCGGUCUUGCAGAUUCACUCAACUUCUUUGUUGGCUCCACAGCAGUUGCCAAAGGACCUGCCACCCCACACCAGUAGGCUGGAUGGUCAGGCUCAGGCUCAAAUGUACGUGGUGAAGAGAGAUGGUCACAAGCAGGAGCGGAGGAUGUUUUUUUGCUUGUGGUAUUGGACAAACAAAGGUGUGACCUGCACGCAUCCCUGCUACGUGACCGGCUGCAUUUGGCAAGCCAAGCCAGGUGUCAAGGCGAUCGAGCAAGCCGUGGCUGUUUGUCAAGCUUUAAAAGUGACAACACAGAAUCCAGAAAGGCUAGAGCACCCAUCUGCAGACAGGCUAGCGCGGCUAGCCGUCGCAUAUUUGCUCGCACCCCUGCCAACCUACCUUCCUGAGCAGAGAUUCCAGCAAGCACCGACGCACGAGGGUGCCGACCUGUGGACGAUGCAGUGCCCUGUGGAAGGCGUAUUCCUGCGUACACAGCAUCAGGAGGUGAAGUUUGACAACAUCACCAAGCGCCUUCGAAACCUUUGCGAGGGUCUCGACCCGCGCUACAUCGACCCGGUGUUGGUCACACAGAAGGUGGUAGAAGGCCUCCACACCGGCAUCACUACGGCGCAAAUCGACACCCUGGCUGCAGAGACUUGUGCUUACAUGUCUCAGAAGCAUCCGGACUUCUCCACCCUGGCGGCGCGCAUCGCGGUCUCCAACCUUCACAAGAACACCUCUGACUCAUUCUGCGAGACCUGCAAGAUCCUUUUCCAUUACGUGGAUCCGCAGGGCCGUAAUGCUGGCUUGCUCGCCCAGGAGAUCUGGGACUUUGUGAAGGAGAACGGCAAGGAGCUCGAUGAGGCCAUCGACUAUGACAGAGAUUUGGGCUACGACUACUUCGGCUUCAAAACUCUGGAGAAGUCUUACUUGCUGCGUGUGGGUGGCCGGAUUGUCGAGCGUCCUCAGCACCUGAUCAUGCGCGCAGCAUGUGGGAUCCACUGUGGAGAUCUCAAAGCCACACUGGAAACGUAUGAGCUGAUGUCCAGGAAGUACUUCACUCACGCGACGCCGACGCUCUUCAAUGCAGGGACGCCUUAUCCGCAGAUGUCAUCCUGUUUUCUGCUGAAGAUGCAGGGAGACAGCAUCGAUGGGAUCUAUGACACCCUGAAGCAAUGUGCUGUGAUCUCCAAAUCUGCCGGCGGCAUUGGUGUGGCCGUGACCCGGCGGUUUCGCGUAGUCUCCAACAUUCGCGCCAGUGGCUCCUACAUCAGGGGCACCAACGGCACCAGCAACGGCCUGGUACCCAUGCUCCGGAACUUUAACGAGACGGCACGCUAUGUGGACCAGGCCGCGGGCUCGUGGGCGAACGUGGAGCAUGGUGGUGGCAAGCGGAAGGGUGCUGUAGCAGUCUACUUGGAACCUUGGCACGCGGACGUCUAUGAGUUCUUGGAGCUGCGCAAGAACCACGGCAAGGAAGAGCAGCGAGCAAGAGAUUUGUUUUAUGGUUUGUGGGUGCCCGAUCUGUUCAUGAAGCGAGUCAAGGCUGAUGAGGAUUGGACACUCUUUUGCCCCAAUGAGGCCUUCGAUCAGGAGACCGGAAAGGGUUUGAUGGACUUCUGGGGCGACGCCUUCGACGAACUCUACACGAGGCUUGAGGCGGAGAAGCGUGGCCGGAAGACGGUGAAGGCGCGGCACCUGUUCUCGCAGAUCUUGCAGGCGCAGAUCGAGACGGGCACUCCUUUCAUGCUUUAUAAGGAUCACGCCAACAGCAAGUCCAACCAGAAUCACUUGGGCACCAUCCAUUGUUCUAACCUUUGCACUGAGAUCAUUGAAUACACUUCGCGAGAUGAGGUCGCCGUUUGCAAUUUAGCGUCCAUUGCGUUGCCUGCCUUCGCGGAGGCGUCCGGGCGGCCCUAUGAUUUCCAGAAACUCUACGAGGUCACCAAAGUUGCCACGAAAAACCUCAACAAGGUGAUCGACCGGAACUAUUACCCCAUCGAGGAGGCCAAACGAUCGAAUUUGCGACAUCGGCCCAUUGGGUUGGGUGUGCAAGGCUUGGCGGAUGUGUUUCUGAUGAUGAAGCUGCCCUUUGAGAGUGAAGCGGCCAAAGAGUUGAAUGAGGAUUCCCGGGGCCCGUUGUGGGUUGGGGAACUGGGGAAGUUGGUGGUGUUCUAUUUGAUGGACAUCUUCGAGACCAUCUACUUCGCAGCGUGUGAAGCGUCCUGUGAGCUGGCAGAGCUUCAUGGCAGCUACGAGAGCUAUCAGGGCAGCCCUGUGAGCCGAGGGCAGUUGCAGUUCGACUUGUGGGGCCAGACUCCCAAGAGUGGCCGUUGGGAUUGGUCCGCGCUGAAGCGGCGCAUCGCCCGGAGUGGCCUCAGGAACUCCUUGCUGGUGGCACCCAUGCCCACGGCGAGCACUGCACAGAUCUUGGGAAACAACGAGUCUUUCGAGCCCUACACGCAGAACCUCUACGUGCGUCGGGUGCUCUCCGGAGAGUUCGUUCAGGUGAAUCGACAUCUUCUCAAGGAUCUCAUUGCUCAAGGCCUGUGGACUGAGGAGCUCCGAUCUCAGCUCAUCCGCGAGAAUGGGAGCGUGCAACGCUUGGACUUGCCGGAAGAGAUGAAGGAGCUCUACAAGACGGUCUGGGAGAUCAAGCAGAAGGUGGUCCUAGACAUGGCGGCUGAUCGUGGAAAGUACAUUGAUCAGUCCCAGUCCUUGGAUGCGCCCGGGCUUCGACUCUCGCAGUGGGCGAAGGGGAACGGUGAGAAUCAGACGGGUCAAAAGGACGCACGGUGCACCAACCAUCCUGGCGCCCGUCCCACCAGGUACUACCUUCGCACCAAGGCCGCUGCCGAUGCGAUCAAGUUCACCGUCGAGGUUCAAAAGUCGAGCGACGAGUCUGCCAUCAAAGCGUUGAAGUCAGAAGCUCCCACCUAUUCCUGCGUGGGCUGCAGUUCCUGA